UCCGGAAGUGUCUCUGCUGGUCUUCGUUGGUUCUGUCUCCACGCGCCAUUAUUCUCUCUUCAUGUCCGAGCUGUGAGCGGCUCAGCGAGCCUCCAGUAACCAGCGUCGCUUCAUCCAGUGACUCCGUUGCAGUAGUUUAUUAGUGCAGAUAUUCUUCAGCAGGAGGUGCUGGUAGUGACAGAUGUCAAUCAAGAUAGCUUAUAUCUAUCUUAGCUUCCUGAGGAGAACCGGACUGAUGAGGAACAUGAGACAUACCGGAAGAUGGCAGUAGUAGUGCAACUUUAAGAAUACAAGCUACGUUAAAACCUCAAAGAAGAAGAAGAAGACGUAAACGCGUCAUUUCCGGGAUGCGACCACCAUCGGUAGCUCUGAACCAGAACACUUUCAUGCUGCGAUAAAAGCUAUUUUUGUUAUAUAUUUAAUUGAGUGGCUGUCAGAAGACGGCCAUUUUAUCAGCGUAUAAGAGUGUUAUGUGCAUAAGGUGUUAACAUAAGUCGACCCUACGCCUCGUACACAAUUAAAAUGAAGAAAAGGAGUUCAGAGAAAAAACGCCGUGUGGCAUGGGCUAACAAAGCUGAGUGGGAUCAAGUUCUGGAGUAUCUGUACUCGAAGGACUCUGCCUUACAGACGUAUGCACUGCACAGGAUAUCGGCUUGGAAAGGCAGGUAUGCCAACAGCUCUCCUGUGGCGGUGGACUGCACAGCGGUCCUGGUGAGGUGCCAGGUGCUGGACAGGUCAGGACAGCUGGACGGAGAUGAUCUGGUGUUGCUUUAUGGCGGCCUGAUGAGGUUUGUCAAUUUGAUCACCGAGCGACAACAGGGGAGAAGCCGUCCACUGAGGCGGCUGGCUGACUUGAACAUCCCAGAGUGGGUCGUAGACCUGAGGCACGACUUCACCCACAGGAAGACUCCUUCCUUAAAAUGGUGCCGAAAGGGAUGUAAGGUGGUUCUGGAGUCUCAGCAGGAAUACUGGUCCAGGCAGUUGGGAGGAGGGCCUAGUGAGGACUGGGAAUCGGAGUCGGAUGGAGAUGAUGAAGAGGUUGACCUAAAACGCCAAGAGGAUGAGCUCGUUGAAAGGCAAAAAGACAUGGAAGCCUACAAGAAUGCACGGGAACUUCUGAUAUCUUUGAAAGAGCAGUACCAGGCUUUUGAUGGGCUUCCUGAACACAAACAGAAGAACCUGUGGCCAGCCCCCUUUGCAGACAUGAGGUUACUAGGUGAGAUCAAGCAGUUUGCUUUGCAGUCAAGUAAUCUGCUGAUUGAUGUGUUAUUGGAAGAUGGAUUUUUAGUUCCCACCGUUGAACAACUGGAAACAUUAGGCUGUGACACAUCCGACAAUGCCAGUCCCACCGAACCCAGAGUCACUCAAACAUUCCUGCGUUUUUGGCUGCCGCUCCUGAAGAUGCUCAACUCGCCAUCCUUAAUUCACCUCCUUCUGGAGAAGCUGUUUGUUGAACUGAAGCUGCUCACCAAAGAGCAGAAUAAUCACCGGGCUUUCUACAUUUCUGCUUGGAUUUCAGAAAUCAUCCUCUGUAACAGCAACAAAUAUGAAUACCACUUUGAAACAAAGGGACAGAAGAAGGCCAGAAUGAAGGACAGGGUCUUUGUUAACCGCAUCCAGCUGAGGUGGCAGCAGCUGCUCUCAGCAUGCCUGGAUGCUCCCUGUAUCAGCACGCCUCACUUGCUCCAGUUGAUCCUGGAUGACAUGGAGCAUCCUCUCCCUCUGGAAACCCGUCAGAGGUUGCUCCAGCUCUGCUCCAUCUACACACAGUGCGCACACUCAGAAUCCGAUACUUCUCCAGAGCAGAAACAACAGCCCAUAUACACGCUGGAGAGUUUGCAUGAGAAGCUGCAGCAUUCGCGGCGCCACAGCCAUCCUUGGCGUUCCACGGCUGAGGUGGGGAGGAGCGAGUCCUCCCAGGAGUACAAAUGGACAGAUGUUCAGGCUGAAAAAGCAAAAUUGCUCAGAGGUUCUCCGUGGCAGGUGUGCAACGAUAGUUUGUGGAAGAACUAUCCUCUCGGUAAAGUCCCCGCCACAGUCAGAUGACCCUUCCACGGCCUCAUGGUGGAAAACUACUCAACAAUGACUGUCUUUGACCAGCCGGUGGAGUUAGAGAGCAACACAACACACAAUGUACAAGGAGUCUUGGCACCAGUGAGAACAGCAGAUGGCCUUUGGAACCACAGUGAUCUUAAUAAGUUGAAAUCUGGACCUGCAACUUUUUGAGUUGUUGUAAUGCUGUGAAAUAGUCCUUUAGCUGCUGGCACAUUGUUGAAACUUAUGCCAUGUGGUUGAUUUGAAUUGGGGACAUAAAGGUCAUUUAUCUGAGUCAUUUAUCAGGCAAGAGUAUGAAACAUUCCCUUGUUCCAUCUUCUUAAAUAUGACGAUUUGCUGCUGUUCUGUUUUAUAUCAUAAGGAUUGCAACUAAUAUAUUUUUUUUAUUACAAGCUAUGUUCUCGAUUGAGGAAAUGUCAGAAAACUAGUAAAAAAAAAUGCCCAUUAAAAUGUACCAAAGCCCAAGGUGACCUCUUCAAAUGACUUGUUUUUCACAAGCUUUUGAUCUUUUUUAUUAGACAAAACGAUUCAGAAAUUAAUAAAAACAAAAUAAUCAGCAGAUUAAUUGAAAGAGAAAACAGCUGUUAAUUGCAGCCCUAAUGUGAAUCGUUUGUAAAAAAAAAAAAAAAAGUUGUAUGCUGUGUCUACAAUAUUUUCAAUAGGUGGAGACAAAAGUGGAGCCAGUGACAAACUAGUACACAUCAUAAACUGCACAUCAUAAGGGAAGAAUGUGUGAAAGAUUGGAUAUGUUUAAUUCAUUAUGUUUGUGUACAGUGAGUUUUUUUUUUCUUCUUCCACCUGUCAUGCAAGUGCACUAUUAAUACAGUCCCUAAAAAGGGUUUUGGAGUAGAUGCCUUUCAGUUGAAAACCCUGACAGAGGGGAUAUUGUUGUAAGCACAAGGUGGUUUUGUGUAAUACAUUUUCUUUUGUGCACUUAUGUUCAAUAAAAACAAUUUUCUAUUGAAGGAA